AUGAACUUCUCCAUCUUGGACAGCGAGGAGUCGAAGAACAUCGCGGUGGUGCAUAAGACCAACCAAGGCUACUCCGGAAAGGACCUCUGGAAGCUCAAGCAAGAGCGGCCCGAGCUCUUCGGCGUUGCCGCAGCGCAGAAUGGCAAGCCCGCCCCGCCCGGCUUUGAGCAGCUCCGCGAGAUGCCGGGGUGGAUGUAUCAUAGAGACAAGGCAUUGUACUUUCAGCGCGAAAGCGGGCUGCUGUAUUGCCGAGAUCCUGCCACCAAUGAGCUCUAUGAGCUGCAUCAAGGGGAGGACUACGGCAGCACCCUGACGGUGCGGGGCGAUGCCGCGGCUGUGGCCGCCAAGGGCCAGGCCAGCCGCAACGUGAUCAUCAACGACCUUCACCGAGCUGCUGCAUCCAUGAAGCUGGACUUUUCUCACCAUGACAGUCCUGCGGCCAUGUUUGCUGUCUACGACGCAGCUUCCAACAGCGAGCACACGGAAGCGGCUGCGAAAGGAUUGCACAUGCAACUCCUGCCUCGUUUGGCUGCCUUCCGUGGGCGCUGGCAGAACGACCGACUGCAAGGCGCUCUCUCCGAGGCCAUCGAGCACUUGAGGCAAGAGCUCGGUGAAACGGGCGGCAUCCCGCUGGCGGUGGCGCUUCUCCUGGGGGGGCGACUGACCAUGGCGGCCACCGGCGGCGCGGUGUGCAUGAUCUUCGGGCAGGUGGGCCAAUCCGAUGGGAACGUGGACAACUUGGAGGUUGUGGGCGCUGACUCAGAGGCGACCACGCACUGCGCGGUACUGGAGGACAGCCACCUGGGGGCGCUGCUCACCGUGCAGGGCGUGCGCAGCUCGGGUCUGUCGGCCAACCGCAUGCGGGCGCUGGCGCGGGCCCACACCAUGGCGGACCGGCCCCGCGCGGGCUGCGUGUCCUUGCUGGAAGAGGCCCAGAAGGCGGGGGGUGCACCGCCCUUGGUGGCGGCUGCAGUGCGCUUCUCCUGGUCCAAAGGUAGCCAGCCCAAGAAGCCCAAGACGGACACCACCAAGGUGCGGUGCCGUCACCUGCUCUUGCGGCACGUGGGCUGUCAGGCGCCUUUGGGCGAUCGGCGCAAGAAGCCCACCCGCAGCGCGGGGGAGGCGGAGCUGGAGAUGUUGCGAAUUCUACCGCAGAUCGCCCACGGGGGUGCGGGGGCCUUCACUGCCAAGUGCAAAGAAGUGUCUGAGUGCGACACUGCGAUGAAGAGCGGCGAUCUGGCCGGGGACCUUGGGUGGCUGGACAAAGACGUGGCCAAGAACCGCAAGGUGCCGGCGCCCGUGGUGCGUGCAGCCUUCCUCCUGGCGGUGGGACAGGUCAGUGAUUUGGUUUCAUCUGAGCGCGGAAUCCAUCUCAUUCUCAGAACGGCUUGA